AUGUUAUGGAGCUACAUAUGUCUUGCGUAUUACGAAUCUGUCUUCUGCAUCCACCUUCGGCCGAUCGGGAAUGAGACCUACCGCAUCAACCUCUGGGUCGAUAUCGAGGUGUCCCUCCACUUUGCCGGAGGCCACAACGUCGUCGAAGGAGAUCGCGUCAGCUGGAUGAACGUGGACAAGGCGUUGCUAGCGCACCCCGCGUGGCUGCCUCGGUACCCACAGGAACGUGACGGAUUCAAGCUGGGCGCGAUAUCUGCAUAUCCCCUCCAGGCAACCUCCUCGAUCCCACUCCCGGAGCCCCCCGAGAGAGCCUUUUCGGUAAGCCAGCACCGCGAACAUUUCCGCGUCUAUCACCUGCCAGUCGUCUGGCAGGUACACCACGACGGAUCUGGGUGGGUACUUGACGAGUUCUCGUAA